AUGAUCGGCAAGAAAAUUGGCUCUUUUAUUCAGUUGGAUAAAUGGGAUUCUAUGGAGAUUGAUAAAUCUCUGCGGAUUAGGGUUUUAAUCGACGCUCGGAAACCAUUAACUCAAAAAAUCAAGUUGAAGAUGAGAGGCGGGCAAGAAUAUUUUGCUGAGGUCAAAUAUGAAAAACUCCCCUUAUUCUGCUAUUAUUGUGGUAAAUUGGGACAUGGUACCAAAGAUUGUGAUGAGUUUUUUGGAGAAGAGUCACCGCAGAAGAAAUAUGGUGAAUGGUUGAAGGCCUCACCAUGGAAAUUUAGAAAUGAAGGGGAUAAACAAGAGCCAAAGGGCCAAGAAAAGAGCUGUGCUAGAAAACUAUGA